CGGCGUUGUCGUCCCCGAGCGGCAGGAAGCUGGGCGCGAACCUGCUUGCCCUGAACAUGGCACUCCCCGGAACCUACGAAAACCAGGGCCAGCAUGGGACCCAUGACGCAGGAAAUGAGGUGGAUUUCUUUGCCGUGCCAGGCCCCCAGCUGCAAAAGGUGCGGCAGUAUCGGCGCUUCGACGUCAAUGGGAUAACGAAAGAAGGGAAAACGUGGUCUCCGCGACGAUUUGACCAUAAGGCGAUUGAGAUGGACGUAGACGUCAAGACGAAGGGGAGAUUAGUAGAAGAAGGGGAACUGCGACGCUUGGCCACGUUUGGAAUUUUGGAAGACCCAGGAGAAGACCAGGUCGCAUAUUUCAACCACGACUUAGCAAAAAGGGUGGCGGCGAGAGGAGGGGCGGAGCAGUUUACGCUUGAAGAUGUCCAAGAUUUUUUGAAGUCGC